UCCUUCCCUCCUUCCCUCCCCGCCCGCCCGCCCGCCGCCGUCUCCUCUCCCUGCCGGCUGGGUGCUGAAGUUGGGCGGAUGGCAGCAGCCCAGCUCCGCUAGGACGAGCCGCCGCAGCCCUUCCCGGGAUCGCUCAGCGCCAACCGCACGCAGCCGGGCGGGGACAUUAGGGAAUGGCUCGAGAAGAUAUGAUCAAAAAAUAUCUGUCCCUAAUGGAGUUUCAAGAUGCUUCUAUGACUUCCCAGCAUCUGAACUGCUCCAUGCCACUUGGGCACUGAAGUAGCUGAAAUGAGAAAGAGGCAGCAGUCACAAAAUGAAGGAACAUCAGCUGUGUCUCAAGCACCUGGAAACCAAAGGCCCAACAACACAUGUUGCUUUUGUUGGUGCUGUUGCUGCAGCUGUUCAUGCCUCACUGUUAGGAAUGAAGAUAGAGGAGACAAUGCAGGAAGGCCAACACAUACAACCAAAAUGGAGAGCAUCCAAGUCAUAGAAGAAUGCCAAAACCCUACUGCAGAUGAAAUUUUGUCUUGGGCUCAGAAUUUUGACAAGAUGAUGAAAACACCAGCUGGGAGGAACCUUUUUAGAGAGUUUCUUCGAACAGAGUAUAGUGAAGAGAACCUGCUUUUCUGGCUUGCAUGUGAAGAUCUAAAGAAGGAACAGAACAAGAAAGUUAUUGAAGAAAAAGCAAGACUUAUUUAUGAAGAUUACAUUUCUAUACUUUCACCAAAAGAGGUUAGUCUUGAUUCCCGGGUGAGAGAAGUGAUCAACAGAAACUUGCUGGAUCCCAGUCCUCAUAUGUAUGAAGAUGCCCAACUCCAGAUAUACACCCUAAUGCACAGAGACUCUUUUCCAAGGUUUUUGAACUCUCAAAUUUAUAAGUCUCUUGUUGAAAGUAUUACAGGCUCUACUUCUGAAACUUAGUUUUAAUUUUCAAAUAAAAUUACUUGAUUUUUUUUGGGUGGGCGGGAUGGAAGAAAAGUAGUUUAAUAACAUCUGGAGCUGGGUUCCUGGAGAACUACAGUUUAGCUCUACUCAGGCUACUGUGAAGAAACAAAUACAUAUUAUGGUCUAUGUCUACAUUUUUACCAAGGUCCUCCUUGCUUGAGAUGGCAUGGGAGGGGAACAAUGGAUUUGCCAAAAUACAUUUGUUUCACACUCCUUUCACCCAACUGCAGUCAAGAUUGCAAUGAUGUAUUUGUAGUUUUAUGAACAGUCUCCUUGUGUAUCCUCACACUGCAUGUGCAAGGUAAAACUGCUUCACUUACCACUUAGUUGUUGCAAUAUUUAAUCCAAUAACAUAAAUUAUAUCUGUAUUUAAGA